GUUUCUGUGAAGAGGAGCAGAUCCGAGGAGUUUCCUUGUGUUCUAGAGCGAGAAUAAGAAGUGGGUUUGGUUGUAUUCUUAGAGAGAGAGAGAGGUUUUGGUUUUGAAGUGAAGGUGAAUGGUUGUGGAGAGAAGAAGAGGAGGUUGGAGUUGUUUAUGAUGACCGGAGCUCCGGCCAGUGAUCGGAGAGGGUGGUGGCGUUUUGGUGAUUCUCUCACAUGGAAUGGCAGAUCUUGCUAGCUACGGGAAUGCGAACCGUGACGUUGAACAAGCGCUGAUUGCUUUGAAAAAGGGUGCUCAACUGCUUAAGUAUGGUCGCAAAGGAAAGCCCAAGUUUUGUCCAUUUAGACUUUCCAAUGAUGAAUCAUCCUUAAUCUGGAUUACAAGCAGUGGAGAAAGAAAUCUGAAGCUAUCUUCUGUCUCUAGAAUUAUUCCUGGACAAAGAACUGCUGUUUUCCAACGUUACUUGCGUCCUGAGAAGGACUAUUUAUCUUUUUCACUUAUUUACAAUAACGGAAAGCGAUCACUUGAUUUGAUCUGCAAAGAUAAAGUUGAGGCAGAAGUGUGGAUUGCUGGCCUCAAAGCACUGAUAUCAUCUGGUCAAGGUGGUCGGUCCAAAAUUGAUGGAUGGAGUGAUGGGGGCCUCAUUCUUGAUGAUAGCAGAGACUUAACAUCAAAUAGUCCAAGUGAGAGUUCCGCUAGUGCAUCACGAGACAUCAGUUCUCCUGAGAUUUCUGCUCGUCUCCCAAACACUUCACCAAAGUCCUUUCAACGUGACAAUAAAAUUUCUGAAAGUUCACAUGCACCACCAGAUCCAACAAACAUGCAAGUGAAAGAAUCUGGUUCAGAUGCUUUUCGUGUUAGUGUAUCAAGUGCCCACAGUACAUCUAGUCAUGGAUCUGGACCAGAUGACUAUGAUGCUCUGGGGGAUGUGUACAUAUGGGGGGAGGUUAUCUGCGAAAAUGUUAAAGUUGGUGCUGAUAAAUAUGUGAAUUACUUAAGCCCAAGGGCAGAUGUGCUCCUCCCGAGACCAUUAGAAUCUAAUGUAGUUUUAGAUGUACAUCAUAUAGCAUGUGGUGUUAAACAUGCUUCUCUAGUAACUAGGCAAGGUGAAGUUUUUACAUGGGGUGAAGAAUCAGGAGGACGCCUUGGCCAUGGUGUUGGGAAGGAUGUGGUUCAACCUCAUCUAGUUGAAGCAUUGACUUCUACGGCUAUUGAUUUUGUUGCCUGUGGGGAGUUCCAUUCUUGUGCUGUUACAAUGGCUGGGGAAUUAUAUACUUGGGGUGAUGGUACUCAUAAUGCUGGGCUUCUUGGUCAUGGCAGUGAUGUUAGUCAUUGGAUACCGAAGAGAAUUGCUGGUCCAUUAGAGGGACUUCAAGUUGCAUUCGUUGCUUGUGGUCCUUGGCACACGGCCUUGAUAACUUCAACUGGGAAGCUCUUUACAUUUGGUGAUGGAACAUUUGGUGUCUUGGGCCAUGGAGAUAGGGAAAAUGUAUCAUAUCCUAGAGAAGUGGAAUCCUUAUCAGGGUUGAGGACAAUGGCUGUUGCAUGUGGAGUGUGGCAUACUGCAGCUAUUGUAGAGGUUAUUGCAACACAAUCCAGUACAAGUGCAUCGUCAGGUAAAUUGUUUACUUGGGGUGAUGGAGACAAAAAUCGCCUUGGACAUGGGGACAAGGAGGCACGGCUUAAACCAACUUGUGUGCCCGCGCUUAUUGAUUACAAUUUUCAUAAAAUUGCUUGUGGGCACAGUUUGACAGUAGGCCUGACAACAUCUGGACGGGUUUUUGCUAUGGGAAGUACUGUUUAUGGUCAGCUUGGGAAUCCCCAGUCUGAUGGAAAGCUUCCCUGCUUCGUUGGAGACAAGAUUGCUGGGGAAUCCAUUAUAGAAAUUGCAUGUGGUGCAUAUCAUGUUGCUGUUUUAACAUCGAAAAAUGAAGUUUAUACUUGGGGGAAGGGUGCAAAUGGGAGAUUGGGUCAUGGAGAUAUUGAAGAUCGAAAAACACCAACUUUGGUUGAAGCAUUGAAGGAUAGACAUGUGAAGUAUAUAGCAUGUGGAUCAAACUACUCUGCUGCUAUAUGCCUUCAUAAAUGGGUAUCUGGUGCUGACCAGUCUCAGUGCUCUGCUUGUAGACAGGCAUUUGGCUUCACUAGAAAGAGGCACAAUUGUUAUAAUUGUGGACUUGUGCACUGCCAUUCAUGCAGUUCAAGGAAAGCAUUAAGAGCAGUGUUGGCUCCUAAUCCUGGCAAGCCAUAUCGGGUGUGUGAUUCUUGUUAUGCAAAAUUGAACAAAGUUGCAGAAGCUAGCAAUAAUAAUAGGAAGAAUGCCUUGCCUCGUCUGUCAGGUGAAAAUAAGGAUAGGUUAGACAAGUCUGACCUAAGAUUGUCCAAGUCAGUAAUUCCUUCUAACAUGGAUUUGAUAAAGCAGCUAGAUAGUAAGGCAGCCAAACAAGGAAAGAAGGCUGAUACUUUUUCACUGGUUCGGACCUCACAAGCACCAUCUUUGCUCCAGCUAAAAGAUGUUGUCCUGUCCACUGCUAUUGAUCUGAGACGAACAGUUCCAAGACCUGUAGUUGUGCCAUCAGGAGUAAGUUCCAGAUCUGUGUCCCCUUUUUCUAGACGACCAAGCCCCCCUCGUUCGGCUACACCUAUCCCAACAACAUUGGGACUUUCCUUCUCCCAAAGUAUUGCUGAUAGUUUGAAGAAAACAAAUGAACUUUUGAAUCAAGAAGUGCAGAAGUUACGUGCUCAGGUUGAGAGCCUGAGACAGAGAUGUGAAAUGCAAGAAUUAGAGCUUCAAAAGUCAGCCAAAAAGACUCAAGAAGCUAUGGCGCUGGCUGCUGAUGAAUCUGCUAAAUGUAAAGCUGCAAAAGAAGUUAUAAAGUCACUGACAGCAAAGCUCAAAGAACUGGCCGAGAAACAUCCUCCUGGAGUUAAUGAUGCUGAGAAUAUUAGAUCAGCUUACCUACCAAAUGGUCUUGAGCAAAAUGGCAUUCACUAUUCAGAUUCAAAUGGGGAGCAGCACUCCGUGAUAGAAUCAUUCAAUGGCUCUAGUUUGGCAUCCAUGGGACUUGAAUCCUCUAUGUUGAAUAGAACCAUGGAGAAUUCACCAGGAACUCAUGGAACCAAUCUUCACCACCAAUUCAGGACAUCUAACGGGACCAAUAAUUAUCCAGAUGUUAAAUUGCCAAAUGGUGGUGGUGUGAUUCAGGCUAGCAGUAAUAGCAUGACAGAUACUGUUGAUGGAAGGGAUUCGGGGCAUUUUCAUGAUGACGAGAGUGGUUUGAAAUCGAGGAAUGCCGCACCUGCUGCUAAUAGUAAUCAAAUUGAGGCAGAAUGGAUUGAACAGUAUGAACCUGGUGUCUAUAUAACACUUGUGGCCCUGCGCGAUGGAACAAGAGAGCUGAAGCGAGUGCGCUUCAGCCGGAGGAGAUUUGGAGAGCACCAAGCCGAAAUUUGGUGGUCAGAGAAUCGGGACAAGGUAUAUGAAAGAUACAAUGUUCGAAGCACUGACAAGCCUCCAAGCCAAGCAGCGCGUAGUACAGAGGGUGCUGGUUCACCUGUUUCCCAAACUUAAGUAAAGUAGAGGGAGGGAAGUUCUCCAUUAACAGCACAUUUUGUCACUCUAAGCAACAUCAUAGGGAAGGUAGAGUGCAUAUCAAGAAACAAGUCUUUUUGGGUUGUUAUGUCUAUCCUUAUGCUCUUCUCAAUCUUUUUCUUCCCCAUUUUUCUUCAAUUAAUUGUCUUCCAUUUCAUUUGGGCAGAUGCCCUUUACAUAUUAUUGUAGUGUAGUGUAUAUAAAAUCAUCAGUUCUGAUAAUUUUGGCCAAGGAACCACCCCUACCCAUUUAGCGU